CCUAGCAGUGCCACCUGUCAGUGCACAUCAAUGCCAGCUAUCAGUGCUCCUAUCAGUGCCAGUCAGUGCCACAUAUCAAUGACAGUCUGUGCCACCUAUCAGUGCUGCCAAUCAGUGCCACCUAUCAGUGCCAGUCAGUGCCACCUAUCAGUGUGCAUCAGUACUGCCUAUGAAUGUCCGUCAGUGCUGCCUAUCAGUGCCACCUAACAGAGCCAGUCAGUGCCACCUAACAGUGCCAGUCAGUGCCUCCUAUCAGUGCCAGUCAGUGCCGCCUAUCAGUGCCAUAUAUGAGUGCUGCCUUUCAGUGCCCAUCAGUGAUGCCUGUCAAUGCCCAUCAGUGCCACCUACCAGUGCCUCCUCAUCAGUGCCCAACAGUGCUACCUAUCAGUGCCCAUCACUGCAGCCUAUC